AUGGAUAAGUCUUGGCUGUAUAUUGAAGAUAGAUUGCAUUCCACUAAGUAUGAUCAAGGUGUUCGACAAUUCUUAGCCAUGGCGCAAGCACAUUCAUCGACACCGAAUCAGAUUAGGUGUCCAUGUAAGAGAUGCCGGAAUAGAGCUUUCCACUCUAUUCGUAUCGUGGAAGAUCAUUUGUUUUUAAGAGGGAUUGAUCCAACCUAUACAAUAUGGAUUUUCCAUGGAGAAGAGGAUCCGAUCCUAAAUUCUACAUUCUCUGAAGAUGAAGAUGAUGAUGCAUCUCCUUCCAAUCACUACAUGGAUGAUGUCGAUGAGAUGUUAGAUGACAUUCGGCAUGGGUUGUUCAUGGAUAAUUCGGGUAGCAAUGAUGGAAAUGCCCACAACUUUGACACCGGGUCCACCUCUGAUGCUCUAACCAACUAUAAUUUCGAGGAGUUGGUUGCCGACGCACGAAGGCCACUUUAUCCUGGAUGUACGAAAUUCUCGAAGCUAUCAUUCAUCGUCAAGUUGCUUCACAUCAAGAGCAUAGGUGGUUGGACCGUGAAGUCCUUUGACAUGGUACUCAAGCUUCUGCAUGCUGCAUUUCCCGACGCUCAUUUCCCAAAUUCCUAUAACGAUGCUCGUCGCUUAGAGCGUGGCUUGGGCUUCAGUUAUGACAAGAUAUAUGUGUGCCCAAAUGACUGUGUGUUGUUUUGGAAGGAAAAUGCAUCGUACAAUGCUUGCCCUAAAUGUUCGGCAUCUAGGUGGGUUGUAAGCACAAGUGAACAACGAAUGGUACCACAAAAGGUUCUUCGAUACUUCUCUCUGAAGUCGCGCUUGCAGAGGCUAUUUAUGUCAACAAAGACUGCCCGAGCCAUGAGAUGGCAUGUCGAUGCACGUGUUGACAAUCCAUCAUGCAUGCGACAUCCAGCAGAUUCAAAGGCAUGGAAAGACUUUGAUAACAAACAUCUUGCCUUUUCCCAAGAUCCUCGCAAUGUUCGACUCAGUUUGGCGAGUGAUGGGUUUAACCCAUUCAAUAACAUGAGUAAGCCGUACAGUAUAUGGCCAGUACUACUUGUGCCUUACAACUUGCCCCCUUGGUCAUGUAUGAAAGAUCCAUACACCAUCUUGUCAUUACUAAACCCUGGCCCUAAGUCACCAGGGAAUGAUAUUGAUGUGUUCUUGCGUCCUCUUGUUGAUGAGUUGAAAGAACUAUGGGAAGAGGGUAUUCGGACGUUUGAUGCGUACAGUGGGGAAAUGUUUAGCUUACAUGCAGCACUACUUUGGACUAUCAAUAACUUCCCCGCAUAUGCCAAUCUUUCUGGGUGGAGCACAAAGGGCAAGAUGGCUUAUCCUUCAUGUAGAGAACGCACAAAUUCACAGUGGUUGGUAUAUGGGCGAAAGCAUUGCUAUAUGGGGCAUCGACGGUGGUUGCCACCUGAUCAUAGUUGGAGACGGAAAAAAAAUUCUUUCAAUGGGUUCGAAGAGCAUGGAAUCCAACCAUCAAGGGUUGAGGGAGAGGAUUUGAUAGAACAAUUAUGUGAGGUCUCCAACCAUAUCCAGUUUGGUAAAGCUUGUUCGAAGAGGAAGCGAACGCCCAAUCAACUAAAUUGGACCAAAAAAUCUAUCUUCUUUGAGCUUCCAUAUUGGUUAGACUUGCCCUUGAGACAUAACCUUGAUGUCAUGCAUAUUGAGAAAAACAUCUGCGAUAGCGUUUUGGAAACAUUGCUGAAUAUUGAAGGAAAAACUAAGGAUUCUCCCAAUGCCCGUAGGGAUUUGGAAAAUCUUGGAAUAAGGAAGGAAUUGCAUUUACAACAUGCUGGGGACCAAUUGAGUAUGUUAAAUUCACACGAACGAAGGGUUUUCUGUGAUUGGGUGUCAAAAGUGAAAUUUCUUGAUGGAUUUGCAUCGAACAUUGCCCGUUGUGUGAACGCUAGCAAUGGAAAGAUCAGUGGAAUGAAAAGCCAUGACUGUCAUGUCUUCUUGCAAUCACUCUUGCCGGUUGUCAUUGGUGGGUUUUUACGGUCUGAUGUACGUCAAGCCUUAAUAGAUUUGAGCUCGUUCUUCAAAGAAUUGUGUUCUUGA